CCUUUUUUAGACAAACAUGAAAAUUAAUCAAGAAAUUAUACAUUAAAAACACAUUAAAUUAAUUUUCUUGGUUUAUAAAACCUGUAGCACAUAAAACUAUCAAAGGGGAUUUGAGAUUUUAAUUGGACUCAGUAAAACUUGAGGCUCGAAAAUAUUAGAAUCACUUGAAAUUGUGACAAAAAUUGUGUCUAAUAAUAAUAAUAAUAAUAAUAAAAAAGUUUAGCAUGUUUGCUUAACAAAUUAUAAUGUCUAAUGGUGUUUGUCCAGGUUUUGUAGUGCUUGCAGUUAACCUUAAAAAAACACUGAUCUUCUAAUCCCAUUACUUACCACAACACACACACACUUACCCACAAUCCCCUGCCUUCUCCCACAUACUUUAUAACCACUUACCCAACUUUAUACCACUACCAUAUUAAAAAAUCCCCCAAAUUGUUAAACAUUUCCAACGUGAUCAUUCUUCAUUGCUCUAAUGCCAGAAUGCCACGUCCCUAAACAUAAAUAUAUAUAAAUCAUAAAUAGAGACACAUGUCCACUCCUCCACACAGGAGUUAAUCUCCUCCCCUCCCGUGUCUCAGGACGUAGGUGAGCUCUGAAUGUGUUCUCACACAAGCUGGAUAGCUUCACUUAACACAUUAACAAAUGAAUGAAUAAGGGCUCUCUGACCUCAGGAUACCACGUAGCUACACUUCGAGACUUUUGAAAUUUCUCAGGGUUUCUCUUUAUCCCACAGUGAUAAAGUCUUGCAUCAGACAGCAGUCAUGUGACCAACACUUGCCUCACAGGAUUAACUUCACUUGUUUUACAGUUCAUACAUAUUUUACAUUAUGGAUGAUGGAACACUGUUAAAGCACACUUCAGUUGAACUAUUGUAUUGACAGAGCUUGACCUUGCAGACAGUGUUCUUUGGAGGAUUGUUAAGUGUUGUAAAGCUUAAAAUGGAGCUACAGAAAUUAUCAAAUGGUCACCAUAAUCUCAGCCCUGAACGAAUUCCUGAGAAUGGACUUGAUGCCCUUGAAAACAUGACAGAGGGUGAUACCUUCCUCCCCAAUAGGAGCAAUGGGAGGACAGAGACUCAGUUUACAGAUUGCAACGGAAAGACUUCUUUCGGAAUGUCUAUUUUAAACCUCAGUAAUGCCAUUAUUGGCAGUGGAAUUCUGGGAUUGGCUUAUGCCAUGGCCAACACCGGAAUCAUCUUUUUUGUAAUCCUGUUGAUAUUAAUCGCUGUUCUCUCUGCCUACUCCAUACACCUGCUACUGGAGAGUGCAGGAGUGGUUGGGAUCCGUGCAUAUGAACAGCUUGGGUACCAUGCAUUUGGUCAACCUGGGAAAAUAUUAGCAGCAUGCAUUAUAAUACUGCAUAACAUUGGAGCAAUGUCCAGUUACCUGUUCAUUGUGAAAAUAGAGUUACCUCAUAUUAUUCAGGGUCUUUGGCCAGAUAUCUCAGAUUACUGGCUUGUUGAUGGGAAGUAUCUCAUUAUUAUCGUCAGUGUCAUAUUCAUUCUUCCCCUGGCAUUGAUGAAACAAAUUGGGUAUCUGGGCUACACCAGUGGUUUCUCACUCAGCUGCAUGGUCUUUUUCCUCAUAUCUGUCAUCUACAAGAAGUUUGUCACAGAGUGUCCUGAUGAACACAGCUAUAACAAAACUGUACCCAGUGAAAGCAUAUACAACUCCACCAAUGACAUGUGUGAAGCCAAACUUAUAACUGCCAACCCACAGACUGCUUUUACCAUUCCCAUUAUGGCAUUUGCUUUUGUGUGUCACCCUGAAGUGUUGCCCAUUUACACAGAACUCAAAAAUCCAAGCAAGAAACGCAUGCAAAAUGUUGCUAAUAUCUCCAUUUUGGUUAUGUCUGUCAUGUACCUGCUGACUGCCAUCUUUGGCUACCUCACCUUCUAUGGAAACGUGGAGUCAGAGCUUCUGGAGAUGUACAGUAAAAAAGACAUCCUGAUCCUGUGUGUUCGGCUGGCUGUGCUGAUAGCAGUGACACUGACUGUUCCAGUGGUCCUCUUCCCGAUUCGUCGUGCCAUCUUGCAGCUUCUUUUCCCUGAUAAGCCUUUCCACUGGGUGCGUCACAUCUCCAUUGCUGUAUGCCUCCUCUUCUUAGUCAACCUGCUUGUCAUCUUUGUGGCCAAAAUUCGCGACAUCUUCGGCUUCAUCGGUGCCACAUCUGCUCCCAGCCUCAUUUUCAUUCUUCCGGGAAUAUUUUACAUUUGCAUCGUCCCUAAAGAUAAGGAGCCAUUGAAAUCUCGGCCAAAGAUCCAGGCGAUUUUAUUUGUGACACUGGGUUUCAUCUUAAUGAUUAUGAGCAUUACGUUCAUCAUAAUAGAGUGGGUCACCGGAAAGAAGAUAUCGGGUGGCCACUGAGAGAGCACAACCGGAUUCCGAACCUUAAAGACCAAAUCUAAUACAGAACACAAAACUCUUGAACCUGCAACCUCUGCACCACGUUCAGUUUCAUUUAGUUUGAUAGAUAUCAAACAAGUUGGCUAGUUAGCUAAAUUCAAGAAGAAUGCAAAGAAGAGUGGUAACAUAUGAUCUUGAAUAAUUAAAGCUAAGGUGCUCUAAGAACAUUUUGAAAAUAUUUAUGGAAUUUUUAAUGAAAGCCAGUUUUACACACAAAGGUAUUGCUGUUAUGACUGGCAGAUGGAACUUCCUAAACUACACAAUACUGAUGGAAAACAGUGAAAAUGAGAUGAGAAUUCACUCAUCUAUAUGACCAAAGUUGUAAACAUGCAGUUUGAAGUCUACCUCCUGCUUCACAGAGCAAUUUUACCGUUACAGAGUCCAUUUUUACAGCUCAUUGUGCAAAUUAUAGGGUCCAAAAAUCUUUUAUUAGUGAAAAUUCUAGUUUAAUACACAAUUUUAAUUCUAAAAACAGUAUUAUCAGCAUAACAAUAAUAUUCGAAUCUGAUUAUCCUAAACAAUUGAUUUUGAAUCCCACAAAUUAAAUUUGGUCCCAAACCUUUGUACCCCACUGUAUGUGAAUUUCAGUUAAUUAAAAGUCAUUUUAAUGAAUAAUAGGCAGUUCUAUUAUUCAACAUUCCUAAAAAACAGCUUGUAACAUUAUUUAAUUAGGAAGAGUGUACAGGUUUGUGAUGAAUUCCAGCAUUGUUUAAGCACAAUGCUUCAAUGCCAGAGGAAGAACUUGAAGUUAAUUUAUUGUAUUUACAGUUUUUUUUAAUUUGUUGUUGUUUUUUUGUCUUGUUACAUUAACAAAGAAAUGAAAACUACAGUACAAGAUGUCUUACAGUACACAGUCCGUGUUUAGUACAGUUCUCUUCACUGUCAUAUGACAAUAUUUCUUUACUCUGUUUUAGAGAGGAGAAAGAAUAUAAAUGUCUGAAUACUAAUUAUCUAGUAGUAUUCCAGAAAUGCACGACACUGCUGGGGAUUUUUCAUCUUGUAUGUAAUUUUGUUAAUUGUAUAAUUGGAAAUACUUUUUGAACGUCUUGAAAAUUAGCAUACUUUUAACAAACUUGACAAAUGUUGUUGGAAUUAUUUAUUUGUGAUUUACAUGGUGACGCUACACAAUAAUGCUCAAACUAUUGUUGUUGUUGUUAGUGUUGUUUUGUGAAAGGUCACUACAGCAUAACACAGCAUUUAAGGGCCUGCAGAAUUUAUUAUCAACAAUAAGCUCACUGAAAUGUUUCUGUGGUCAUACUAUGCCCAUCUGUGUUACUCCUCAUCAGUAUCUGUGAGUUUACAUGGACCAGGACUAAAAUUGUUUCCUGCUGGACAUUACUACUUAUCAUGAAUGUCAACAUGUAUGAUUGUUUUGUAUAGAUUUUUAUGUACAUAUUGUGUGUGAAAUGGAAGAAACCUUCAAUUAAUUGUUGUACAUGAGUGUACAUAUUCUGUGUACAUAUUCUACAGUCUUUUCCUGCACAGACUGGGCUUGAAUGGUGAUCGAAAAUGAAACGUAAUACUGAACGGAUCAAUAAUUAGUGGGAAGCUUAUUCAAAGAUUUGCAUUUAAUUUAAUUCACAUUUCCUCAUGAUUGUUUUUAUAAAGUGCCUUAAAUAAUAUAAAAGGGAACCACGGUAGCAUUCAGCAGUGGUUAAUUCUUAGAAAUACAUGUAUUUAUUGUUUAACACAUUGAUCCUGAAUAAUAAAGUUGAAAGAUUAUGUAAAAA